CGUAGAUCCAGGCAACUGGUUUCAGGCGGCCAGACCGUAAUUGUUGUUGGUGGCUGGUUACAUCGUGGACAUCCUCAGGACUGCAUGGAAGGAAUCCCUCGAACGUGUGCUCAUAUAUGUGUGAAUAUAUAUAAUCGCAAACGAUGCCGUCGACAUGGUAUGUCCAGAGCCUCCCCUUUUCACCUUCCCUCCCGCUGCCUAUUGCGCCUCGCUGCCCACUGCUAACUAAGGUAUCACAAACUCCCCUUGCAAUGCGGUUGAUAAUAUUGCUGGCGUGGCUCAUGGGCGUGGCCCCGACUCAUUCUUGCGGUCAGGGCACAGCCGGAAUAAACAAUGUCAUCGUCUUCGGCGAUAGUUAUACGGACGAGGGUCGACUGGAAUACUUCUUGACCCAUGGUGUUCCCCCCCCGCCCGGCCUCUAUAUUCCACAGUCAAACACGACAGCAAGCGGCGGAGUUAGUUGGCCUCAAAUCGCCGGGAAGCAGAUUGGGGCCAAGGUGUAUAACUAUGCCGUGUCUGGAGCUGUAUGUACCGACUUCUUUCCAGAAGUGCUCCCCUCAGUGCAAGAGUAUGAGUCGCCAGCCUUCUUGGCCGACGUGGCCUGGAAAGACCCCAAGACGGGUACCAACACGCUCUAUGUGAACCGGAGAGCCGAUAAUACUGUGUAUUCACUCUGGAUAGGAGCCAAUGACCUUGGUGUCAAUGCGUUUCUCACGGACUCACAACAAGCCGGGAAGAGCCUCGAAGAUUUUGUCGAGUGUAUAUGGCCUGCCUACGACGCAAUUUACCGUGCCGGUGGCCGCAAGUUCGUGCUCUUCAACGUGGCACCCCUCCAGCUCGCACCCUUGUAUACCUCGGUGAAGAACGGGGGAACCGGCAACGUACCGCGAUGGCCGAACAAGGAAUCAUACAACACGACCGAGUACGAGCAAAAGAUCUUCGAGUAUUCGACGACCGUCAACAAGGUCUUUGAGUACGGCGUGCCGUUCCAGCUCCUCGUAAAGAAGAGGUGGCCCGGGGCUUCGUUCAGCAUCUUCGACGUACACCAGCUGAUCACGGACAUUUACAACCAGCCGGCGCAAUACCUCGAUCCCCCGGCCAACGCCAAGGGGUACUACAUCUCGUGCCCCAACUCGAUAGGAGCCAGCCCCAGCUGUAGCAAAACCUCAGAACACCCGCUCUCAAGCUUCCUAUGGUACGACGACUUGCACUUCUCACCCAAAGCUCAUGAGUAUAUUGCAAGCGAAUUCACGAAAGUCGUUACCAAGAAGUCAAAGUAUGGCAUCUACUACUAGCUGCGUUUCAAAUUGUCGGAAAUUGGUUCGCAUCUAUACAGCAUUUAAUUUUCUACCACGCACUUAAUACCUAACGUGCACCCCACCCCUAUUUUGUCUUUGGUAAGAGACAACGGAACUACCUACCUAGCGAUGCGGCGGAAUACCGGCUAGCAAAUCGCUCAAAUAGAGGAUUUCAAAUGAAGCGUAUUUAGGAACGGGGUGGUGGAGCGGAUAAGGGAAGAGUUUCGGCUGGAGGCAUCGAGCAUUGCGUCUGGUACAGUAAGCAGCUUCACGACGGACUCGCCGAUGGGAUUCUUAUCGGCAGGGGUUUUAGAGGGUUAUUGGUAUUUAAUCAUGCACAUAUAGGUACCUAUUUAUAUAUGUACAUAUGGUAGGAAAGUAUGUACAUAUUCAUUCAUUUUCAUCCCAUCCAUAGACAUAUCCCAAAGCUGCC